AUGCCUUUAACCGAAUCAUCAAUCCAGUUAACAAAACAAGUGCAAAACGAUUGUAUGAACAGUACGCGUUACUUUUCAUGUUUUUCACCAUAUAAACAAAACCAAAUAAAUUGUAUAUUGAAUCCAUUGAAUCCUUUAAGACCAACAACAUGUAAUAUAUUCAGCUCUAUUGAAAGAUUAACACAUGAAGAGAAUUCAGUUACUAGUAAUAAUUCAAAUGUAAAUUUGAUAAACACUAACAGUACAAAGAAGAUUGUUGAAGAAUGUGAAUUAUCUACAAAGCUGCCCUAUUUAUUCCCAGUUGGUUGGGUAAGUUACUGUUAUAAUACCAAAUUAUUGGGCACCAUCUCAGACUGA